GCGUAGCGUCCCGCUUUGACCAUAGAGCUGGGCCUCCGGGCGUAUAGACCGGCCGCCCUCCUGAGGCCGUUUGGGCUUGAAGCGGCGGUCACAGAGAACCGGAAGUGCGGGUAGAGCGUCUCAGCCCGGCAGCUAUGGCGUCUCGAGGUGGGCCCCGUGCUGCCGGCACUGAUGGCAGCGACUACCGGCACCGGGAGCGCGUGGCUUCGCACUACCAGAUGAGCGUGGCCCUGAAGUCAGAGAUCAAGAAACUGACCUACGUGCACGUGGGGCUGUGGCUGCUGCUGCUGGCACAGAUGUGUGUGGGGCACCUCAAGCUGCUGCCCCACGAUCGUGUGGCCAUGCCCUACCAGUGGGAGUACCCCUACCUGCUCAGCAUCCUGCCCUCACUGCUGGGCCUGCUCUCCUUCCCCCGCAACAACAUCAGCUACCUGGUGCUGUCCAUGAUCAGUGCCGGGCUCUUCUCUGUGGCGCCGCUCAUCUACGGGGCCAUGGAGAUGUUCCCUAUGGCUCAGCAGCUCUAUCGGCACGGCAAGGCGUACCGCUUCAUCUUCGGCUUCUCUGCCGUCUCCGUCAUGUACCUGGUGGUGGUGGUGGCCGCCCAGGUGCACGGCUGGCAGCUCUACUACAGCAAGAAGCUUCUGGACUCGUGGUUCACCAGCACGCAGGAGAAGAAGAAGAAAUGAGGGGGGUUGGGUAGAGGCUCUGUGUGCCACGCGUGGAGCGUUUGGGGGCUGCUGGUGGUGCUGCAGGGCGGCUGCUGCGGGUACGGAGGUCUUCGGGGCUGAGCCCGGUGCUGGGACUGCGAUCGCGUGUCACCGUACGGAAAUAAAGCCCCUCCCGUGCUUUCCCA